CUCGUAUAUAUAGAGGCGCCUUAGGUGUUCGCUCUGCGUAUUGUUGUUUUAGCUUGUGUGGUUAAUAUUUGUUUGAACGCUCAAGUCUCGCAGGUGAUAGCUGAGGGAUGAGUUUAAUAUGUGCAACUGUUUAUCAUCCAUUUCCUCAAACUUUAGAUGUUAAGAAACGCACGGCUGCGGACAAGAGAAAAGUUUAUGCUACUUCGUCACCAAAUAACUUCUUUAAUCGUUACUUCCCCGGAAAAGAAAAGUGCUUUUGUCCAGUCUUUCCUAAUUUAAAAUCAAUUGAAAGUUCUAGUCUUAAUGCUACCAUGGUAAGCCGGCGGAAAAUUCUAUCCAGAUCACGAGAUGGCCUGAAUACAGAUUUCCUUCAAGAAGAGGAAGAUGAUGUGUGGUUUCAAAAAGAACGUUUAUUCAAGGACCACAUUCAAGAAGUAUUGAACAAAUGGAAGCAAAUAGAUGACGAAAUAUGGGCUAAAAUCAUUGUUAUGGAAAGAAAUCGAAGAGUAGCUAAAGCUUAUGCAAGAGCUCCUGUGCUGACUAUUAAUGGAUCAGAUGAUGGUUUCGACGGAUAUAGGAUUGGUCUAUGUGGUUUUGAUAACCCCAUGAGAGAUGCUAAAACAGAAGAGCUCAAGAAAAACAUAGGACAUGGUGUGAAAAUUAAGAUGGAUGAAGCUGGCAAUAUUAUGAUCAAAAGAAUUAGCAAAACAAACGUAUACGUGAAAGAAGUUAAAACAGAAGAAAACAGUAUAGCAAACGAUAUAAUUAUAGCCGGUGGACUUCUAGAAAUAGAAAAACCUGUGAAACUAUUUGACAUGAAAAAAUUCACAGCCAAUGUAAAUGGGGAACUAAGAAGAGUUUAUCCUGACCGUCGAAAACUAGAAAGUCAAUGCAUAUCUGCAAUAACAUUUGUAAAGGAUAGUACUGAACUGUUAGAUUGUUCAUGCUGGGUAAUGAUAAUCAACGUAGUUGCUUUAGACAUGUUAAGGUCAAAGUUUCCUCCAAUGCCAAAACGCUCAAGUAUUGAAAAAACUAGUAAUCGGCGUCAACUGCCAAUUCCUGUUGACGAAGAUCCAUACAGUGUUCCUGUUAGCUCUGAGAUUUCUAGAGGAUCUGAUACAAUGAAAGAAUCUAAACCACCAAAGCUGCCACCACGAGACUUGAACAGAGUUCCUGUCCCGACUCCUGACUAUGAAGACUGGCAGAGAGAGAAACCCUCUCGUCGCAUGAGUCAGCAGUCUGGGAUCAAAGAUGACCCUUACUACUGCGGCAUGAAAGCGAGGGUUCCUAAUUUUGGAAAACGAAAUGUAGAUAAUGCAUUGAGCAAAGCACCUCCAGUCAGAAAGAGUCAUAGUUCCGGGUAUUUAAGUCUAUUACGACAGAACGACAGGGUUUUUGAAAACUCCCUGGAAGAAAGCUUCAAUGAUGAAGAGUACUCCAAAGUGUAUGGUAGAAUGCGAACAUUUCAGAACACAACACCUGGUGUAUUGUAUGUUGGAGAAUGGGAAUAAACUGCACAAAUCAACUUCGUGAUGAAGUGGAUUGAAUUAAGUUAUUUCGAAGUUGGACUGUAAUUUUGUAAAGUUUUCAGACUGUUACUUUUUAAAAGUACUCUUUCAAGUGUUAAAUCCUUGAAGUAAGGGCACAAGUUAAAAACAUGUGUUCAGAUUGACUGAAACGCCUAUAUUUUAAUGUUUACAAGACAAAGUAUGGAUUCUAACUGCUGCUGAAGCCUUGAGCUUCUGAGUUGUGCCAACUAUAGGAAUUGUUUAAAAUUUUUAGACUGCUUAUUGAUGUGAAUGGUUUAACCAUUUUAAAUUUUAUAACAAAUAAAAUCUAGUUUUCCUUGU